AUGGAUCAGAAUGCUGCCAGGGAUAGUGCUGUAGCACACACUGCUGAAAUGAUUGGCUCUCCAGCACCAACUCAAGAGCAAAUACUGGAGUCUGGCUCUGUCCAGCCCAGCGCAUCUACUCCAGAUCCACUGUUUAUCCAGCCUCCUGCCUACAAAGAGCCGUUAAACUCACUACGCAACCAACUUUCUAAUGAGCAUAUCAAGGCUAAUGCCAGAGCUGCCAUCUAUACUGCCUUGGUUGCUGAAUCCUCAGCAAACCCCUUGGUCACAGAUUCUAGCCAGCCUUCGUAUCUUCCUCCUCAAGUACCAUCGGAUAUCAAAAACAAUGAUGUCCAGCUUACUGGUAACUUGUUUGGGCCAGAUGGUGGCCUUCCACCUGCUAUUGUCAAAACGCUCACCAAUGUUUCCAAAACGGUUCAGACUCAAGUAGAUACUGUUCGAGACCUGAUUGACCCUUUUAUUCCGUUCGAGAAUAUUCUUGCAUCGAGUAUUGUUUUGGGCACAGUGGCUGUUACAUGGUUUCUCACGUAUUUUCGAUGGGGAUAUGGAUGGUAUGUUGUUGGCGGCCUAAUGCUUGCAGAUAUGUAUAGACGCAAUCAGUCUCGUCUAAAGGUCAAAAUUGCAAAGGAACUAUACAAACAAUCGGCCAUUCUCAAGCUUAAUGAUGAUACAGAACAUGUCGAGUGGCUCAAUCUUUUUUUGUCUAAAUUCUGGACUAUUUAUGAGCCUGAAUUGUCACAGCAGAUUAAAGAAACAGUAGAUGGUGUUUUGGAGUCGUCCAAACCCGCAUUUUUGGAUGAUCUCCGUCUUGUCAAAUUCACACUUGGAUCCAAUGCUCCUCGAAUUGAAUCCAUUCGCACAUACCCUGGAGCAGAGGCUGAUGUUUUGAUGAUGGAUUGGGAUCUCUCGUUUACGCCGUUUGAUGUUGACGAUUUGAGCAAGAAAGACAAGGCUAAUUCUGGCAUCUACAAUUUUCAUAUGGAACUUGUUGCUCGUAUUGGUGCUGGCCCUGCUUCAAUUCCACUUUCAAUAUUGCUCAAAGAAGUUGCAUUUUCUGGAGAGAUGCGAAUCCAGCUUAAAUUCAUCACUGCCUAUCCACAUAUUGGAAUGGUUGAAUUUGGAUUUUUAAAUGUUCCUCGUUUGGAUUUUAUUCUGCGACCUCUCAAAGGCAUGGAUCUGAAAGAUAUUCCUGGUCUAUCUACAUUUUUAGAAGACACCAUCAAUGGACAGUUGCGUGCAGCCAUUGUCAACCCAAAUAAGAUUUCUAUUGAUUUGGCAGCAAUGAUGAAUGCUGGCGAUAGUGCCGAUCGUCCCAUUGGUGUCUUGCGUGUAACUAUUUUUGACGCCAAGCAGCUGAAAAAUGUAGACAUUACUGGCAUUAGUGAUCCAUGCGCAGUGAUUAUUAUUGGCGGAAAAGAGGUUGCUCGCACCAAUAUCAUUGACAACAACCUCGAUCCUGUAUGGAAUGAGACUUUUAAUAUUAUUGUGUACAAAUCCACAUUUGGUCAGCUGGCGAGUCGCUCUGACGAAUUCAAAAUUGAUAUCAUGCACGUUAAUGCCUUGCAGCGCAAACUUAUUGGGUCUACACCAACACUACGACUUCAACGAUGGUCUCGCUUGCUUGACCCUGUUUCUGUAGAAGAGCUUCCUGAUGAUAUUCCUCCAGAGCUUAAAAGAGACCAAAUGCGUCCAAUGACCCGCAGCGAGCAUGAAUCACUUAUUUCUAAUUGGGGAACACCGCUGUCUGAGCCAAGCGACAUCAUCAAGCAACUAUCUCGUCCUGGUCAAAACGAAAAGCGCACUGGUCAACUCCGACUUGAUUUGUCUUACUUUCCUAUUCCUGAAGUUGCGCCAGAAGUACCGCUAGACUCUCGUGCUGGUGUUUUAUCCAUAUCUGUACAUCAAGCCAAAGAACUUGCUGCUUCAAAAUCUGCUUUCCCUGAAUGCUCCAUUGAAAUGGACAAUGUCGUGAUUGGUCGAACUUCGAUCAAAAAACAUACCAAUACCCCCACUUGGAAUUUUUCCUGUAAUACCUACUGCAAAAACAUUGACACUGCCAAAAUCAGAUUUGUUGUGACAGAGAGAGGAUCCAGUCUGGGUGAUUGUAAUGUGGAAGCAAACACACUCAUAAAACCUGAAAAGGACGACUGGUUCAAACUGUAUCACACUACUGGUGGCAAGCUUCGUAUCACUGCCAAGUUUAUUCCUGUGGACAUGCUACAUAUUACCACGGAUACUUCUAAAAUAAAGCGCAAAGAACCCUGUGGUUUACUUCGUAUCAAUGUUCGCAAAGCCGAGGCUCUAGCCAAUACUGAAGUGCUAAGAAAGUCGGAUCCUUACAUUAAAGUCAAUGCCGGAGGAAAGCCAUUUGGUGCUACGCAUGUCAGACAAAACACGCUUGAUCCAGAAUGGAAUGAGAUUUUUUAUUGUAUUGUUUCUACUCCAAAAGAUCCUAUUUUGUUUGAGGCGUUUGAUUGGAACGAGCUUCGAGGCGAUAAGAGGCUAGGAAAGAUUGAACUUCGAUUGGACAUGCUUUUGCCUGAUAAUCCGGAACUUGGUGGGAAUAAGCCGGAUGAAAAGUUGGCAGAAAUGAUCGAAUCCCUUACUUCUGACGGAUUCUCUGCUACUCCAACUUCUUCAUCAAAAGCAUCAAUUCGUACUCCACUUUAUCUUUCUAAAUCUGAUGAAUUGCCGAGUAAUGGUAAGGAUGAGCCCGAGGAGGAUGAAGAAGAAGCUAAAGCUGCCGCUGCCGCUGCUGCUACUGCUGCUGGUACAAAGUCCAAAUUCACUCCCGCAGCACUUUUCAAAAAAGAUAUGUUUAAAAUGCCAGUGCUUCCUACAAGCACUCCUAAAAUUCGUCAACGAGGACACUUAUACUUUGACGUUGACUACUUUCCCGUAAUUAAAGAUCGCGUUAUUCGUCCCCGUUCUGAGAACCCCGCUUUAUCCACAGCGAGUGCAGCUCGAUCGAGAUCUGCAAGUGAGACGGCUAAAAAAGACAAUGUUGACGCUACAAACCCUACAGCGGCUACUGGUAUCACUACUAUCCAAGAUGAUAUCAAGCUGGUUGAAAAGGUAGCUGAGACAAUCAAGGACGAUGCCAAAGAUAUUGUCAAGUCUGUAUCAAGCACAGAUCUUAAAGUUGAUGCUAAUCCUCCCACAAAAUCUGAAAUUGAACCCAUGAGUUCUUUGGCUAAGCGGAUUGUUGAUCAAAAUCGCUCUGGCAUUUUGCGAAUCCGAAUCACUGGUGCUAAACUGUCUCGACCUGCUCGUGCUUAUAUUGAGAUUCAUGUGGAUGGAACUGCAAUCUUUCGUACACGUACAUCUGAAGAAACCAUGAAUCCCAUGUGGCUCGAGGCCGCUGACAAAUUUAUCAUUGACAUGGAUACUGAUGCAUUCUUGAUAUUAAUGCGCCACCAAAUCGGCGAAGAGCGUAGUUCAAACGACUUUAUCUUGGCUCAAUGGCAAGGUGAUCCUGUUACUGAACUAAUUGGCACAUCACACGAGGAGUUGAAAAUGCGUCAGUACACUACAUCUGGUAGAUCAAAUGAUCAUCUGCCAUAUAUAGCAAGACUUAAGGCUGAGUUUUGGUAUGCUCCUGUCAACAUUGAUAUGGACAUUAGCUCUAAAUUCAACUCUGGUAUGCUGAAUAUUGACAUCAUCGAGGCCAAGGGACUUUCUUCAGCUGACCGGAAUGGUUUGAGCGAUCCUUAUUGUGUUUUUAAUAUCAAUGGCACUAGAAUUCACAAAACAAAGGUUCAGAAACAUACUCUUGACCCAGUGUUUAACGAACAGGUGUCCGUUGCUGUCAAGUCGCGAUUACGGUCGACUUUGGAAAUACAAAUGAUGGACUGGGAUGCUGUUGGUGCACAUACCUACCUUGGACGAGUUUUGAUUCAUUUGGCAGAUCUUCCUGCAUCAGAAGUUGUUAAUCAGGUGUACCCACUUGAAGAUGGCAAAGGCUCAGUUACUUUACGUUUCUUCUUUGUACCUCAGACUGUGGAUGAAAAAGGGUCUAAUUUGGAUCCUGAAUCAAGAUUGGAGGCUGGAUCACAAUCUGGCGUCGGCAAGUUUUACAAGGGCUUGACUACUUCGUUUGCCAACACUGCAGCCAAUACAUUCAUGUCUGGCUUUGGAAAGAAACCACAGACAGGUGGCGGUGCUGCUUCCAAAUCCACAGAUUUGCGGUAUGGACUCGAAGGUGGUCGACGACGUGAACUUUCUGGACCUAUUGAAUCUACACCUGUUGGUGCUACUGGUAGCGAACCAUCAUCUCGCCAAAUUCCUGCAGGUCCGCCGAGUAGGCGUCCUAUGGGAGUAUCUUCAAAUACUACAUCUGUAAAGAAUGCUUUGGAAACAACAGGAGUUUUGGAUACUGCUGCUAAUGUGACUGAUUUGGCGCAUGCCACUGUAGCAUCUGUGUCUGCUCAGUCUUCUGAAUUUCUGCUAGCAUCAGCCCAAGCAAUUGAAAAUCAUCCCGCAGUAAAAAAUGCCUCGUCAAUUGCUACUGGAUCUGCAGAAUCACUUUCUCAUCUUGCUAAUAGUUCAACAUCGGAAAAGUUUCCAGAAAUCUAUGUGCGUAGCCCAUCUCCCGUCAACCAAACACUUUCCUCGGUAGACAAUUUUACCGCUCAAGUUAUGAUUGAGAUUUUACAGGGUCGAGGUCUUACUGCUGUUGAUACCAAUGGCACAUCUGACCCGUAUGUCAGAGUCAUGCAGUACAAGAACAGCAGCGCGGAAUUUAAGACACUUCUUAAAACUGCUGUAAUCAAAAAGACGACAUCACCAGUAUGGACUAAUGAAUCUGUGGUGGUGCACUGUCCACCGCCAACAAUUCGGAUAGUCAUCAAGGACCACAACACCUUCAAAGGUAGUGUGGAUAUGGGUCAGAUUGGAUUGGACUUGUUUGGAUUAUUCAAGAAUACCAAUACUUUUGAUGAGUAUUUCCCUGUGGAUGGUGGUGAUGGUGAACUUCGUAUUCGUGGAACACUCAUAUCGAACGGAGUUGAUGCAAGUGAUACUGCCUCGAUGGUUGAAAAGAAACGAUCGUUUUUUGGAUUCAAAAAAAACUCUGAGCUGAACAAUUCCAAUGGAGGUUCACCUAUCGAGAUAGAUGCAAAACGUUCGACUCAUGGAAGCCUUUUUUCAGGAUUCAGGCGAUCAUCGGGUGCGAGUAUAGUAUCUGUUUCUUCUGUUCAACAAAAGUCUAGUAUGUCGUCCAUUCAGGAUAGCGUGGCACAGUCUGAGCACUGAAUCAACUCAUUUGCACCUUUUUGUCAUUGGGAAAUUUUGUUUUUACAGCCGCAUUCACGUAAAAUGCAACUUUUGUAUUUAUCUUGCAAUCAGAGCCUCUAUUUUGCUCGGCAAUAAACAAUGGUUAAACACUCGC